AUGUCCUCGGUUGUCUCGUUCUCGGAGGCCCGCGUCGCGGCCAUCCGCGACAAGCUCACGCGUCGCUCGAGCAGCUCCGCAGGCCUCCAGAUGUACCGAGCGCCGAGCAGGCUCCUGCGGCUCGCGCAGGCCUCGUCACGGACCGCCUGCCGACGCCACGCUGCCACUUUCGACCGCAGCGGCAGCACGGGGAAGCAGGUGUCCGCGAACCAGGAGGUCUUCGAGACGCUGAGCCCGCAGAUGGAGAAGUGGGCGCGCCAGUUGGAGCAGCGCGCCCCGCCGAAGCGCACCGACCCCGUUGGCCUGCCGCUCACCGGCGAACGGAUGUGCGGCGAGCAGCCGGACGACCCCGUGUCGGACCCGAGCAUCCAGGUCCACCGGCCCGCGAAGUGCUGGGGGUGGCGUUCGCACCACCCGAGCCCGCUGGCGAUGUGGCAGGAGAUCCGGCGGGAGGCGGAGGAGGCGUCGAUCGACGAGCCGGCGCUGGCGUCCUUCCUGCACUCGUCCAUCAUGGCGCACUCGUCGCUCGAGCGCGCCGUGUCGUUCGUCCUCGCGAACAAGCUCGGGAACCAGACGCUGAUGCCCGUGCAGCUCCUGUCGGUCUUCUGCGAGGUCCUAGAACAGGACCCCAACAUCAUCGACUCGAUCCGCGCCGACCUCCAGGCCGUCAUGGACCGCGACCCCGCGUGCGAGGCCUACAUCCAGAUCCUGCUCUUCUUCAAGGGGUUCCAGGCCGUGACCGCGCACCGCAUCGCGCACCACCUGUGGGAGACGGACCGCCGCCCGCUGGCGCUCGCGCUGCAGUCGCGCGUGUCCGAGGUCUUCCACGUCGACAUCCACCCCGCGGCGAAGAUCGGGAAGGGCAUGCUCCUCGACCACGCCACGGGCGUCGUCAUCGGCGAGACAGCCGUGGUCGGCGACAACGUGUCGAUGCUGCACCACGUGACGCUGGGCGGGUCCGGGACGGGCAAGGGCUGCCGGCACCCGAAGAUCGGGCACGGCGUGCUGCUGGGCGCCGGCGCGAACGUGCUCGGGCCCGUGCGCGUGGGGGACGGCGCGCGCGUUGGCGCAGGGUCGGUGGUGGUGUCGGACAUCCCGCACCACUCGGUGGCGGUGGGGAUCCCGGCGCGCGUGAUCCGCGUCGACCAGAAGCGCGAGCCCGUGGACGACAUGGCGCAGUGCGGGUUCAUGUACGACUACAUCAUUUAG